AUGACUAAUCUGUUCAUCACUGUUUCUUCCGUGAUUUCUGGUGCUCUUAUAAUCGCUUCAUUGUUGUGCGUAGUGAUUCUUGUACAUGACAUCAAUGUCUUUCAUGGAGGUGCCAUGAACGAUCUUGAGGAUUUUAAGAUCAUCGCAAACAACGCUUGGAUUUCGAUUAUCGACGAAAUUGGACAAGAAAAUCUAACCGGUUCACGAACGAAGCGACAACAAAGUAGUAAAGUCACAUUAGUGGAACCUGUCUGCCCACACGGACCUCCAGGACAACCAGGCAAACCAGGAGUUCCAGGACAAAGCGGCGCAAAUGGUCGCAAGGGAAAGCCAGGAAAGCCAGGUCUUAGUGUCGCUGCACACAACUCCUGUGGUUGCCUCCAAUGCCCUCAGGGACCUCCUGGAUUCCCCGGACUAGAUGGAGACCAGGGACAACCAGGUCGUCGUGGGAGGUUAGGACCUGACGGUAUAGCUGGACGUAAAGGAGCACCAGGUCCCGAUGGACCACCGGGAAAUCCAGGAGUGGACGGAGAUCCCGGAGAGCCAGGAUGGCCUGGCAUGCCUGGACGAAACGGAAUUUGGGGUCGGGGUAACCGAGGUCCGCGUGGACGGGUAGGUAUCGUCGGACUGCCAGGUGAAGGUGGACGCCAUGGAAUGCACGGAGCUCCAGGACGACCGGGUCCGCUGGGAAUAGUUGGAUCUGCCGGCAAAGAUGGCGCUGCGGGUGCGAUUGGUACCACUGGCCUACCGGGAUUACCAGGUUACCCAGGCAGUGAUGCUAUUUACUGUAAAUGUCCGAUUCGUUCAGAGAAAUUGGAAGAACCUAAGUCCUGA